AUGUGUGGUUCAAAUAGUGGUUCAAAUAGUCCAAGUAAUCAGGCAAGUAGUGGCCCAAGUGGUAUUUCAUAUCUUAAUUCAAAUGUUGGUUCAAGUAACCGGUCAACUAGAGGUUCAAGUGUUAACUCGCGUCGUAUUUUAAAUGUUGGUUCAAGUAACUGGUUAAAUAGUGGUUCAUGUGGUAGUUUACAUCGAAGUUCAAAUGUUGGUUCAAAUAAUGGGUCAUAUGGGUCAAGUGGUGGUUCAAGUGGUAAUUUUCAUUGUAAUUCAAAUGUUGGUUCAAGUAACCGGUCAAAUGGUAGUCAAUUGUAUCAAGGUUGUAAUAUAUAG